AUGCAGGCCAAUGGUAUCUGCAACGUAAUUAUACCAGACGCGAAGGACCUAGGGAGAGCGCUGUGCAUCAUCACCGGGGCGUCCAAAGGAUUUGGCCGAACCAUAGCGAAAGAGAUUUCCCUGUUACUUAAACCGAGGUCGGUGCUUGUUUUGGCCGCUCGCUCCGAUGAGAAACUGCGUGAACUCCAGGAAAAUUUGGCUUCGUCGGAUGCGGGCAGGGCAGGGUUGGUAACUCGUUGUGUUGUCGUAGACCUGGGAAUGAAAGAAGGGGUGGAAAGUGUCAUCAGGGCGGCGAAAGAGAUUUCCUCCGAGGAUAUUGAACAUUUCAUACUGAUAAACAAUGCUGCCUCUCUGGGAGACGUGUCGCGCUAUGCCCAGAGUUUCACCAACAUGGCGGAGGUGGACUCCUACCUGUCACUCAACGUAAGCUCCGCCCUCAGCCUGACAGCCGGCCUGCUGCAGGUGUUCCCACGACGACAGGGGCUGCGGCGCUGUGUAGUCAACGUGAGCUCGUUGUGUGCUCUGCAGCCCCUCCCCUCCUGGGUGCUGUACUGCACAGGCAAGGCAGCCAGAGACAUGAUGUUCCGUGUGCUGGCAGAGGAGGAGCCGGACCUUCGUGUACUCAACUAUUCCCCAGAGCCAUUCAACCUUAGCCUGGCUGACACGACCCACGUGACUUACAGCGCAGGGUCCCCUGGACACAGACAUGCAGGUGGAGGCCAGGGACUGCACGGCAGACCCUGGUGUGAGGAAGUCCUUCUCAGUCAUGCUCUCCCAGGGUCAGCUGCUCACCUGUGAAGACUCCUGUGCUAAGCUUAUGAAGGUGCUGCUGGAGGAUGAAUACCCCUCCGGAGCACACCUUGAUUUCUAUGAUCUGUAGGGAGAGAGGGGGGAACUAGAAGACACAGUGUGGCUCAGACUGGAGAUGAAUAUUUCUGGUGUAGGUACAAUUUUAUAGCCAGAACAACUGGUACAGAUUAGUUAGUUCGCUUCAAAGAUGGUUUUGAGUUAAAAAGAUCUGAUUCUAAACCUGUUUUUGCAGGUGGUAAGGAUCAAGUGAACCUUUUACCGAAUCAGGAGACAUGGAGAGAAGGAAGGUUGAAGAUGUUUCUGUCAUCCAAUGCCAUAGGCCUACUGUAGUUACUGAGUUUGGCAAACUAUCCUGAGUCAAUGUUAGGGCCUAACAUUCCAUCCCAUGACAGUACUGUUCUAAUUUGCCUUGGAACUUUUGGUACCAAAAUAGCAUAUAUUAAAGUUCUUUAUCUCAAAGUU